UUAUGUGUAUUGAGCCAGUUCUUUGUGUGAUUUAGGUUUUCAUUGAGUUUAACCUUCUGCAAUUCCAUCCCAGUGGAUGCAGAACAGAAGCCUUAUUAUCAGGCGAACAGCGCUGUGUAUACAAAAAUACUAGUGGUCCGAGUACUCUUCCUUGGAGGACUCCAGUGUUGACCUGUCUUUGUGAUGAAUUUGUGUUACCCACCACGCUUAUUUAAAUAGGACUUAAAUCAAGUAUUGGAAACGUUUUUACUCCUAGUGACUUUAAUUUCAAGAGUAGCCGCUGUUUUGCUCUUAUGUCCCUCGACUGUCCUCUCUGUCCCUCCUCUCCGUGUGCUGUCUGUCUCUCCUUUUUCCUUUUCCGCUCGUUUCAAGUGCACUAAUCAACAAAAUUUUCACAGCGAAAUCAUCUUAUAUUUUGUUCUUUUUUCUUUUCCUGCAGAUAACAAGUCACAAAUAGCUCUCAAAAUCAAAGGGUACAAAUUCUUCUUCAUCAUUGACAAGGAAGGCACUUUCGUGCAGCCUUCGUUAUUCGACAGUGUUAUUGCCGUGAAUAGACGCUUGUAAAAAGAAGAUUCUCUCCAAAAGACGCAAAGAUUAUUACCGAAGAAUCCAAAAUGCAUGAGAACGACAAACUGGAGGUGGUUAAGUUGGUCCUAACGUCUGCCAUCGUGCUGCCAAACUUUCUCGGGAACUUCCUAGUAUGUUUGGUUGUCCUAAGAAACAGGUUCUUCCAGACUUAUAUUAAUUUUCUUUUGGUGCACUUGUCUGUAACGGAUAUCUUCGCUGGUAUGUUCGCUCUUCUUGAAGCCGUGUUGGACAUAACUAUGGAAGACAAAUCAUUUCUCCACCCCAUACUUUGCAAAAUUGUUUUCAACCAACAUUUUGUGUAUAUUGGAGUAAAUAGCUCUUAUUCCACAAUUAUCUUUAUCUCUGUUGUUCGAUAUUUGUUCAUUGCCAAGCCCUUCAAGUCCGUGAAGUUUAGAAGUACCAAGAACUUGAAGUAUGUGAUUCCAGUAAUUUGGGCUGUGUCUCUUUUGUCGCUUUCCCCAAGAAUAUACGCGGAUUUUGCGAUGCCCGGGUGUUCAAAGUUGGUAGUUUUGCCGAUGACUAGUAAAAUUGGAGGAGGAAUUUCGAUUGUCUUUCGCGGGAUCCUUCUUCCGGUCACCACAUUGAGCUAUACCUACUGGAAAAUAAAAAAAGCCUUGAAUGCCCGACAGAACAUUAUCUGCAACACCAUCACUAGUUCAAGACAACAAGCUGCACUUAACUCCAAGAAGAAAACAACACGAUUACUAGGGUUUAUUAUUAUAGCUUUUGUAUUGUGUAGCGUCCCACAUUAUUGUUAUGCAGUUGCUCGUUCAAUUUUCAGCUAUCAUCAUCUUGCUUCUCAUGUUUAUGUAGACUGUCUCUUGUUUGGCAUCUUUAUUGCGAGUUCCAGUGUCAACCCUUUUCUAUAUUGGUUCCAUUGCAAAAGGUUCCGCAAAGCUGCUCUUUGGUAUUUAGGAAAUAACCGCAUUGCUCCGCAAUGAAACGAUCGUGACAAGAUAAAGAUCAAGACAAAAUUAAAGGCUCGAUUACUUGGAGCAAUUCUCUCUGCAACUUGUCUCGCAACAGCGGUUGCAACACAAGUUGCAAGAGUGUUUACUUUGAAUACUCAAUCGUUGCCAAAAGUAGAAUUCUACUUUUCACAACAAUAGACCUCUUUG